CCCAAAGCAAGCUCACCACCUGAAGUCGUGUAACUACAACCGUGUGGGUAGUUACUGAAAAAAGGUAAGAUCACAAAUUUACCACAGUUUUGUAAUUGAGAAACGGGGCCUUUCAUGAGAACCUGUUGAUUUAGUGGUGUAAUAUCCUGAAAUACUAUACUUCAAUCAUUUGUUUUUCCAGGAGCAUAUCCCUGUCACAGCCGGAUUCAUUUUUUGAGUGUAAAGAUGAGUGAUAUCUCUGAGGAUGAUAAUGAGAUCUCUUUCACAGUUAAAGUAAGUGCACACUAACAUCAAGACAGCAUGAAUAGUGUAAUAUUCAUCCAUUAAAAUCUUUCCUAAUGUAAUACAUAUUAGGGACCAUAUUGUUAUUCUGGUUUAGGGGGGCAUUUUGAUAGAUUUUGUGAACAUUAUUGCCCUCUGUGACUGUCUCUCUUGGUCUUCAUAAGUUUCUGGGGCGUGUUGAGGUGGUCCGUUCUGAGGGCAUGCAGAUCCUGAACGAGGCCGUUCAGAGCCUGAAGGUAAAUAUCCCUAACAGCUGUCCCAACCAUUUUUCUCGGUCAAAUGUUAGACAGUUGACAAGGGGUGCGUUCAGCAGGACUCAACAUUUUGGAAUGUUCAGAUAGCAUAUUUCUAUGUAGAACAAUCAUGCCUUUCUUACAUGUAGAAUAAGGAAUCACGUUGGCUCUAUUUGUGGCAUUUCUAUCUGCAAUUUUCAACAACGUUUGACUACUGAACAUGGCUGAGGUGUGUCCUUGAAGUAUGACUUUACAAAGUGUAAUUGAUUGGUUUUGUAGGUAAUAGAUGCAACAUUUUCAAGGCACAUAAAAGACAUGCAAUCAUAUCAGCAUUUGUUAAUAACAUGGUUUCAAUUAACCAUUUUUUUUCAAGAUCAUAUUUACAUUUUAGUCAUUUAGCAGACGCUCUUAUCCAGAGAUAUAAUAUAUUCAAUAUUCAAUAUUCAAAUUCAGUGGUUGCCCAAGUCCCUGUCCUUUGCCCUCCAUUAGAUGCCUGACAAAGAGUUGACAGAAAAGCUGCAGAAGAAGAACAAGGUGUCUUUGUUUUUGUCAAUGAGCGGGAUUGACAUUUUGGAGCACAAAACCAAGGUGAGAGCCUAGGGUCCAACUCCAACGGAAGAUAUUGGGGGGGAACUGCUUCAAUAUGAUGAAGUCUAAAAAGGACACAUUUACAUGUACGCUUGGUUAGCAGAAAUAAAUGGGCCCCUUACAUGUUUCUGCGUUUCUAUACUGUUGUGUAAUGCAAUUGCACACUCUCCCAUCCUCCAUCUUCCUUUCUCUUCCUCUUGUAAUCACGUAUUCUCACUUACCUCUUUCCUCUUAUAUUUUUUCCAGUUUAUGCUGUACACAUGCCCCCUCUCCUCCGUGUCCUUCUGUGCCGUCAUCCCGACCGCGCCCAAAGUCUUUGGCUUUGUGGCCAAACACCCAGCUGCAGACAUGUACCACUGUUAUCUGUUCCAGAGCAAGAAAUUUGUGAGUGCAGUGCAAUCAUUCAGUCUUGAUUAAAUUUGUGAGUGCAGUGCAAUCAUUCAGUCUUGAUUUUAGGGUACAUCACUAAAAGCAUCUAUGGGUUUUAAGUUGCCAAUCUCAACCUUUUCUAUUUUUUUGCUCCUCUCCCCAGUCUCAUCUGCUGGUGUCCAUUAUCGGAGAUGCAUUUCGGGCCACAAAGAGAGAGGAAAGCCUUAGAGGAGGCGGACGAGAUCUGAUUGUGGAGGCGCUGAGGCACAAGGUUGGAUUAAAGUGAUUUACAGUGCAUUCGGAAAGUAUUCAGACCCCUUGACUUUUUCCACAUUUUGUUACGUUACAGCCUUAUUCUAAAAUUGAUUAAAACGUUUUUUCCCCCGUCAUCAAUCUACACACAAUACCCCAUAAUGACAAAGCAAAAACAGGUUUUUAGAAAUGUUUGCAAAUGUAUAAAAAAUAAAAAACUGAAAUAUACAUUUACAUAAGUAUUCAGACCUUUUACACAGUACUUUGUCGAAGCACCUUUGGCAGCGAUUACAGCCUUGAGUCUUCUUGGGUAUGAUGCUACAAGCUUGGCACACAUGUAAUUGGGGAGGUUCGCCCAUUCUUCACUGCAGAUCCUCUCAAGCUCUGUCAGGUUGGAUGGGGAGCGUCGCUGCUCAGCAGUUUCAGGUCUCUCCAGAGAUGUUCAAUCGGGUUAGGGUCGUUGUCAUGUUGGAAGGUGAACCUUUGCCCCAGUCUGAGGUCCUGAGUGUUCAUCAAGGAUCUCUCUGUACUUUGUUCCGUUCAUCUUUCCCUCGAUCCUGACUAGUCUCCCAGUCCCUGCCGCUGAAAGUCUGGCCACUCUACCAAAAAGGUCCUGAUUGGUGGAGCGCUGCAGAGAUGGUUGUCCUUCUGGAAGGUUCUCCCAUCUCCACAGAGGAACUCUGGAGCUCUGUCAGCGUGACCAUUGUGUUCUUGUUCAUCUCCCUGACCAAGGCCCUUCUCCCCCGAUUGCUCAGUUUGACCACGUGGCCAGCUCUAGGAAGAGUCUUGGUGGUUCCAAACUUCUUCCAUUUAAGAAUGAUGGAGGCCACUGUGUUCUUGGAGACCUUUAAUGCUGCAGAAUGUUUUUGGUACCCUUCCCCAGAUCUGUGCCUCGACACAAUCCUGUCUUGAAGCUCAACGGACAAUUCCUUCGACCUCAUGGCUUGGUUUUUGCUCUGACAUGCGUUGUCAACUGUGGGACCUUAUAUAGACAGGUGUGUGCCUUUCCAAAUCAUGUCCAAUCAAUUGAAUUUACCACAGGUGGACUCCAAUCAUGUUGUAGAAACAUCUCAAGAAUGAUCAAUGGAAACAGGAUGCACCUGAGCUCAAUUUCAAGUCUCAUAGCAAAGGGUCUGAAUACUUCUGUAAAUACGUUUUAUUUAUUUAUACAUUGGCAAAAAUGUCAAAAAACCUGUUUUCGCUUUGUCAUUAUGGGGUAUUGUGUGUAAAUUGAUGAGUAAAAAAAAUUAUUUAAUCCAUUUUAGAAUAAGGCUGUAACGUAACAAAAUGUGGAAUAAGUCAAGGGGUCUGAAUACUUUCCGAAUACACUGUAGUUGGUUUAAAACUGAUAAUAGUUUUGUGGUUGUGGUAACUGUUUAUGGGUUCUUGUGUUUUCAUAAUACAGUGUAAUUCAGAAUUUAAUAUUUUUAACUACAUUUCUGCCCUUUUUCUUUUAGAAUAAAGUCCUGCAGAGGGAGAAUGCCGAGCUGAGGAUGAGACUCAGUGCAUCAGGAGAUGUGAGUGAGGAAGCAGUAGCCCCACCCCACACACACACACACAUACAUACACAUCUUCCAUUGCUUUUUGUAAAUUAGGUCUGUGUAACCAGGGUUGGCUAGGUUACUUUCUAAAUGUAAUCCGUUACUAGUUACCUGACCAAAAUUGUAAUCAGCAGCGUCAUUUAUGGAUUACCCAAACUCAGUAAAGUAAUCUGAUUACUUUCCCCUAUAAGAGGCAUUAGAAGAACACAAACAUUAUGUUGCAUUUUACUUCAUGGGUUAUGUAGGCUUCUAACCCAUACAUUUCAACUUCAAUACAGAUAAUAAUACGAUUAGGCUAUAUAUUUGCAUGAAAAACCAAAGUCUGUCAGAUUUCUACUCAUUCCAAUUAAUUAAUUACCCCUUGAUCUUCAAGAAUAGGACUUUGAAAUAUGGAAAUAUAGAUGAGUCAAAUUGUUUUACCUGAGCAUAACCCAAAAACUAAGGGCUUCUUAGCCUACUCUAUUGUUUAUGUAUUUUGUUGUUAUGGAGGAUUGAUUGGGCUCAUUGUUUUGAGUUGAAAAAUAAAUGCUGCUCUCAUGGAAUGGCAUGCUUUGAGCAUUAUCGAAAGUGCUAUUUGCGUGUGAAAAAAUGAAUGCCAUAUGCCACAUUUGCUAUAGGCCGGUUUAUGUUUUAGAUGGUGACACUUUGAUAUCUUGAUAAUUUGCAGCUGUUUACAUUGCCGGGGGAAGAUGUUUUGGGUUGGGGUUUUCUCCGCUCAUUACAGCAGAAAUAAAGGCCUAGUUCAAUCAUUUACAACAACAACAAAAAAUAUAUAUAUAUAUAGUGCAUUCGGAAAGUAUUCAGACCCCUUGACUUUUUCCACAUUUUGUUAUGUUACAGCCUUAUUCUAAAAUGGAUUAUGUUCUUUUUUUACUCAUCAAUUUAAACACAAAAGAAACCAUAAAGACGAAGCGAAAACAUGUUUUUAGAAUUUUUUGCAAAAAAUUCAAAUUUAAAAACAGAAAUACCUUAUUUAAAUACGUAUUCAGACCCUUUGCUACGAGACUCGAAAUUGAGCUCAGGUGCAUCCUGUUUCCAUUGAACAUCCUUGAGAUGUUUCUACAACUUGAUUGUAGUCCACCUGUGGUAAAUUCAAUUGAUUGGACAUGAUUUGGAAAGGCACAUACCUGUCUAUAUAAGGUCCCACAGUUGACAGUGCAUGUCAUAGCAAAAAUUUCUGCAGCAUUGAAAGUCCCCAAGAACACAGUGGCCUCCAUCAUUCUUAAAUGGAAAAAGUUUGGAACCACCAAGACUCUUCCUAGAGCUGGCCACGUGGUCAAACUGAGCAAUCGGGGGAGAAGGGCCUUGGUCAGGGAGGUGACUAAGAACCCGAUGGUCACUCUGAAAGAGCUCCAGAGUUUCUCUGUGGAGAUGGGAGAACCUUCCAGAAGGACAACCAUCUCUGCAGCAUUCCACCAAUCAGGCUUUUAUGGUAGAGUGGCCAGAUGGAAGCCACUCCUCAGUAAAAAGGCACAUGACAGCCCGCUUGGAGUUUGUCAAAAGGCACCUAAAGGACUCUCAGAUCAUAAGAAACAAGAUUAUCUGGCCUAAUGAAACCAAGAUUGAACUCUUUGGCCUGAAUGCCAAGCGUCACGUCUGGAGAAAACCUGUCACCAUCCCUACGGUGAAGCAUGGUGGUGGCAGCAUCAUGCUGUGGGGAUGUUUUUCAGCGGCAGGGACUGGGAGAUUAGUCAGGAUCGAGGGAAAGAUGAAUCCUUGAUAAAAACCUGCUCCAGAGCAUUCAGCCAGAGCCCAGACCUGAACCCGAUCGAACGUCUCUGGAGAGACCUGAAAAUAGCUGUGCAGCGAUGCUCCCCAUCCAACCUGACAGAGCUUGAGAGGAUCUGCAGAGAAGAAUGGGAGAAACUCCCCAAAUACAGGUGUGCCAAGCUUGUAGCGUAAUACCCAAGAAGACUCGAGGAUGUAAUCACUGCCAAAGGUGCGUCAACAAAGUACUGAGUAAAGAGUCUGAAUACUUAUGUAAAUGUGAUAUUUCUGUUUUUAUUUUUAAUACAUUUGCAAACAUGUCUAAAAACCUGUUUUUGCUUUGUCAAUAUGGGGUAUUGUGUGUAGAUUGAUGAGGGAAAAAAAACAAUUUAAUCCAUUUUAGAAUAAGGCUGUAACAUAACAAAAUGUGGAAAGGGGUCUGAAUACUUUCCGAAUGCACUGUAUAUAUACAGUACCAGUUAAAAGUUUGGACACACCUACUUGUUCAAGGGUUUUUCUUUAUUUUUUACAUUGUAGAAUAAUAGUGACGACAUCAAAACUAUGAAAUAACACAUGGAAUCAUGUAGUAACCAAAAAAGUGUUAAACAAAUCAAAAUAUAUUUUAGAUUCUUCAAAGUAGCCACCCGUUGCCUUGAUGACAGCUUUGCACACUCUUGGCAUUCUCUCAACCAGCUUCAUGAGGAAUGCUUUUCCAACAGUCUUGAAGGAGUUCCCACAAAUGAGGAGUACUUGUUGGCUGCUUUUCCUUCACUCUGCGGUCCAACUCAUCCCAAACCACACAUGCGGAGAUCAUCCGUUCACCUACUAUGUGUCUCACAAAGAUACGGCGGGUUGGAACCAAAAAUCUCAAAUUUGGACUCAUCAGACCAAAGGACAGAUUUCCACCGGUCUAAUGUCCAUUGCUUGUGUUUCUUGGCCCAGGCAAGUCUCUUCUUCUUAUUGGUGUCCUUUACUAGUGGUUUCUUUGCAGCAAUUAGACUAUGAAGGCGUGAUUCAUGCAGUCUCAUCUGAACAGUUGAUGUUGAGAUGUGUCUGUUACUUGAACUCUGUGAAGCAUUUAUCUGGGCUGCAAUCUGAGGUGCAGUUAACUCUAAUGAAUUUAUCCUCUGCAGCAGAGGUAACUCUGGGUCUUCCUUUCCUGUGGCCCCUCAUGAGAGCCAGUUUCAUCAUAGCGCUUGACGGUUUCUGCAACUGCACUUGAAGAAACCUUCAAAGGUCUUGAAAUGUUCCUUAUUGACUGACCUUGAUGUCUUAAAGUAAUGAUGGACUGUCAUUUCUCUUUGCUUAUUUGAGCUGUUCUAGCCAUAAUAUGGACUUGGUCUUUUACCAAAUAGGGCUAUCUUCUGUAUACCACCCCUACCUUGUCACAACACAAUUGAUUGGCUCAAAUGCAUUAAGAAGGAAAGAAAUUCCACAAAUGUACUUUGAACAAGGCACACCUGUUAAUUGAAAUGCAUUUCAGGUGACUACCUCAUGAAGCUGGUUGAGAGAAUGCCAAGAGUGUACAAAGCUGUCAUCAAGUCAUGUAUAUAUAUUAUUUUUUUUGGGGGGGGGGGGGGGGGGGGGGGGGGGUUGAUUUAGCAUCCCUACUUCUGUGGCUAUGGCUGUUUAGGUCUAUCAAAAAUGCCAGAGUUUGAGCAUAUGUCUGAGCAUAUGUCCGUUAGGCCUAUGGACCUUUUUUUUUUAUCAGCACAAAUUAGAUUGAGCAAUAAAAGCCCCAGUCGUGGUCAACUUAAAUUAAACUACUUUUUGACAUGUGUGGAGCACAAUACCACAGAGGAGUUUAGAAGGGAGGAACUCCCUCAAACUUUUAUUCCAAAGGCUGGGAUCUGCACUAUGCAGCUGUUGCAAGAGCGCAUUUUUCACUGGCUGUCCACUAUUUGCAAAAACAAUAAUUGAUAGGCUGCUUAAACUUCUACAAUUCAACCAUUAUUUGGUUAAAAUACACCUAUACAUUUGUGAACAGCCUUCUACAACAACCACAAUCCAUAAGGUGCAAAUAAAUGAGGGAGCAGCAUGAUUCACAUCAUUCCGCUAUAUGAGUAUACCAAACAUUAGGAACACCUUCCUAAUAUUGAGUUGCACCCCCGGCCUCAGUUCGUCAGGGCAUGGACUCUUCAAGGUGUCGAAAGCGUUCCACAGGGAUGCUGGCUCCCAUGUUGACUCCAAUGCUUCCCACAGUUGUGUCAAGUUGGCUGGAUGUCCUUUGGGUUGUGGACCAUUCUUGGUACACACAGGAAACUGUUGAGUGUGAAAAAUCCAGCAGUGUUGCAGUUCUUGGCACAAACCGGUGCACCUGGCACCUACUACCAUACCCCGUUCAAAGGCACUUAGUUAUUUUGUCUUUUGUCAUCCUCUGAAUGGUACACAUACACAAUCGAUGUCUCAAGGCUUAAAAAUCCUUCUUUAACCUGUCUCCUCACCCUUCAUCUACACUGAUUUGAAGUGGAUUUAACAAGUGACAUCAGUAAGGGAUCAUAGCUUUCACCUGGAUUCACCUGGUCAGUCUAUGUAAUGGAAAGAGUAGGUGUUCUUAAUGUUUUGUACACUUGUGUAAAAGGCCUAAGUGAUAUCCUUGUCGCCCGUUGAGUACACCACUGCUGUCGUCCUUACUUCCAAGCAUUUAUUCAAUUUGGAUGUAUAGGCUAAUCUUUGGAUGCCAAUAGCAUUCGCACCACAUUGGGAGACAUACUGUAGCUUGAACUGCAGCCUACAAAAGCCUAUUCCUGCUCUUUUCCCGCGAUCCAUCAAAUGCUCGCUCAGGCGGAACAAACUUUAAACUUGCUCAUUUUUUCUAUGCUGAUUUCAAUGUCAUAAAGAUUUCUUUCACAAACAUCCUUUCAGAAUUUUAAAGUAAUCAUAGUAAUCAAGUUUUUCAAAAGUAUCUGUAAUCUGAUUACAAUAUUUUUGCUGGUAAUGUAACGGAUUACAGUUAGUUUUUUUUGUAAUCAGUUAAUAAUAAUAUAUAAUAAUAAUAUGCCAUUUAGCAGACACUUUUAUCCAAAGCGACUUACAGUCAUGCGUGCAUACAUUUUUACAUAUGGGUGGUCCCGGGGAUCGAACCCACUACCCUGGCGUUACAAGCGCCAUGCUCUACCAAUUGAGCUACAGAGGACCACGUACAGUUACAUGUAACGUACUCCCCAACCCUGUGUGUAACAUUGCAUGAUGGAGAAGAGGUCUCCUAUGCCAUGCCAACUCUGCUCUCUGUGCUUUUUAUCACAGGAGGCAGACAGGGCUGCUGGAACCACAAACAGACAUCAAAUUGACCUCACAAGGUCCAAAAAAAAGCAGACCGAAGCACAGAAACUCUCACACUUAGACAUGUACCCUCACAAUAGUGAGUACUUUUACUUACAGUGGGGAAAAAAAGUAUUUAGUCAGCCACCAAUUGUACAAGUUCUCCCACUUAAUAAGAUGAGAGAGGCCUGUAAUUUUUAUCAUAGGUACACGUCAACUAUGACAGACAAAAUGAGAAAGAAAAAUCCAGAAAAUCACAUUGAGGGAUUUUAAUGAAUUUAUUUGCAAAUUAUGGUGGAAAAUAAGUAUUUGGUCAAUAACAAAAGUUUCUCAAUACUUUGUUAUAUACCAUUUGUUGGCAAUGACACAGGUCAAACGUUUUCUGUAAGUCUUCACAAGGUUUUCACACACUGUUGCUGGUAUUUUGGCCCAUUCCUCCAUGCAGAUCUCCUCUAGAGCAGUGAUGUUUUGGGGCUGUCGCUGGGCAACACGGACUUUCAACUCCCUCCAAAGAUUUUCUAUGGGAUUGAGAUCUGGAGACUGGCUAGGCCACUCCAGGAUCUUGAAAUGCUUCUUACGAAGCCACUCCUUCGUUGCCCGGGCGGUGUGUUUGGGAUCAUUGUCAUGCUGAAAGACCCAGCCACGUUUCAUCUUCAAUGCCCUUGCUGAUGGAAGGAGGUUUUCACUCAAAAUCUCACGAUACAUGGCCCCAUUCAUUCUUUCCUUUACACGGAUCAGUCGUCCUGGUCCCUUUGCAGAAAAACAGCCCCAAAGCAUGAUGUUUCCACCCCCAUGCUUCACAGUAGGUAUGGUGUUCUUUGGAUGCAACUCAGCAUUCUUUGUCCUCCAAACACGACGAGUUGAGUUUUUACCAAAAAGUUAUAUUUUGGUUUCAUCUGACCAUAUGACAUUCUCCCAAUCCUCUUCUGGAUCAUCCAAAUGCACUCUAGCAAACUUCAGACGGGCCUGGACAUGUAUUCAAACAGGUGCCAUUAAUACAGGUAACGAGUGGAGGACAGAGGAGCCUCUUAAAGAAGAAGUUACAGGUCUGUGAGAGCCAGAAAUCUUGCUUGUUUGUAGGUGACCAAAUACUUAUUUUCCACCAUAAUUUGCAAAUAAAUUCAUUCAAAAUCCUACAAUGUGAUUUUCUGGAGAAAAAAAAUCUCUCAAUUUGUCUGUCAUAGUUGACGUGUACCUAUGAUGAAAAUUACAGGCCUCUCUCAUCUUUUUAAGUGGGAGAACUUGCACAAUUAGUGGCUGACUAAAUACUUUUUUCCCCCACUGUAUAGCAGCAGUCCAGCUAUGCUGUCAUCACACCCAAGCUGAAUUCUGUUUAAAAUCUAAUAAUAUAAUUGAUGUAUUUUUCAUCAUUUCCAGUAACAUUUCAAUGCAGUGAUGACACAGCCCCUUUACUGAGAACACAGGAACUGAACAUGACAGAUGUUUGAAGAGGAGUGGCCAUGUCAAAUGGAUUGUAAUGCAACACACAUGUUGAUGAUACCAUGACUCUUUCUAACUACACUAUAAUGUCUGAAUAAAACAAUGAAUAAUA